AAUCACCUUCUCCGAUUAAGUUGACGAAUGUGAUUACGAUCGAGGGGCUCCUAUAUAAGAGACGGCGUUUUCUGCGUUGGAGCAUAAAGUUACCAGCAGAACAGAAAGAGUAAGAGUUUGAAGUGAGCUCAACGGAAAGUCGCUCCAGGAUCAAGACCACUCGUCUCGCUGCCUGAAACAGUCGAGCGAUGUUCGCCAUGGAGAGAUCGAUGAAAUUUGCCUUGGUGGUGGCGGCCAUCUCCAUGCUCAUUUCUUGCCACCCCACGGCGGCGUGGUACAAGCAAGCGACUGGCCCAAGCUACUACUCCGUAGGCAGAGCUUCAGGUUUGCUGUCCGGCAUCCGAAGAUCACCUUACAUCAGAAGGUCUGAACCUGAGGCUAUGGCCGAAAGCGGAGAGUCCACUGGAAACUUUAUGACGGAGAUGGGUAGCCAAGCCCGACAGACAGCCUUCCUGAAGAAUAUGGCUGUGUGUGUCAAAGACAUUUCUCCGAACCUGCAAAGCUGUGAACUUGUGCAGGAUGGGAUGAGCACGUUUCAGUGUAAGGCAGACGUGUACCUUUCCCUCGACUCACAGGACUGCGUCAACGCCUAAAGAUCCCUCACCGGCAAAACACACUGAUCGCAGCGCCUCUUUCCACGGAGUACUACAACUACAACCAAGUGUGACGGACCGAUGACAUUGAAUGUUUCUCACCAUAUGUGAAGAUGUAACAAAAAAAAAAUCCAAAGUACGGUGUGCGAGAAGGGUUAUUUCAGUUUGAUACCCUACCCCUACCCUACAUCCAUAUCCAACGUCGCCUCUGCCAAAUGUAUUAAAUGAUCAUAUAUUGUUAACUGCUGAGCAGAACUUCUCGAAGAUUUAUCCUUUAUUUUGUUUCGAUUUUUAUUUAUUAAAAUUUACAUAAACUGUGAACUUUAUGUGUACAUUUGUAUUAAUGUUCUAUAUAAAAAAGCAACAUAAAAUAAAUUAUAUUUGAUUUGUUCAA